AUUGGACUUUCCGUUAGCACUUGAUCAGUUGUUGAAGUUGGAAAUGGCUAUGAAGGUUAAGUGGCAUCCACGCUGGAAGAACUGUUCCGUCGUUAUGAUUAUAAAAAAUGAUCCUAUUAUCCAGCAACUUAAGGAAAAAUGGGGAACAGAUGAGGAACCUAUUCCAAUCCAAACUGUCGUACCUGAUACUCUGGAGAUUAAAGAGAGUGUUGAUGAAGCUAAAACAGAUGCCAAUGAAGACUGUGAAUUGGUUACAGACCUGGAAAUUACAUCUGAACACAAGCCGAAUGCUGUCACACCUGGUGGUAAGAGACAUCUUCCUGCUGCAUCAAGUGAAUCUAUUGAUGGGGAACUGUCAUCAAACAAGCUGAAGAAGAUAAUUAAAAUGGAGAAGAUUGAUUAGGAAUAUUUUUAUUUUGUGUGUGUUUUG